GACAGCGAAAGCUCGGAGGACGGGAGGGGACGAGGGUUCCGUGGGGCGACCCCGGAAAGAAGGGAAGGAGCCGUCCGCCAGAGCGCGGUCGAGGGCCACGAUGGGAGCACCACCGGUGUGGGGGGCACGGAACGCUCCUCCCAGCAAGGAUAGGUUGGGUGCAGAGAGGCACCGAGACCCCAAGGGUGGGAGGGAUCACCAUUGAUCCCCACCCAACAGGGAAUGAUCCCGAGGGCAGCGGCUACGAGCAGCACCUCAGCUCUGUGGGUUGUUCUGCCCAGACAGGAGGAGACCGAGGGGAGGCUCCGUGGUACCUCACAGCCCCCUCAUGGUGGCCCGCAGGCUUCUCUUGGUAGCCAAGAAGGUACUACAGCGACACGGAGGACCCUCUGGGCAGCCAUCCGUUCCCUCCCACACAGUGAGAACACCCCGCCCUGUGUGCAGGCCUUGGCUUCUCUCAUGCUUGUUAUCUCUGCUUUUCUUCUGCUGAGGCUCUCUUAUCGUAACACAGCAGCCUUACAGCAUCCUUCCCAGCCCAUAAUAAUACCCACACUAUUCGCAACCUUUAAAAAGUGCAAGUGAGAAUUAAUCCCAGCAUUCAGCAACUCCAUUUCCAAAGCAUGCCACUCACAUCUGUGGUAUUUCUACCUUUUCACACCAGCUGUUUCUAAGGACAAGUUGCAGAAUACAGACAUGGUGCUCCGCUUCUUCAGGCCAGGUCCCCCUUUUCCAUAUCCAAUGCAGAAACACAGCCUUGGAAAGCCAUCUGCACCCAAUCAGUAGGCAUUUCCGAGUGUCGUAUGCUGCCAGGUUCCCAUUGCCUGGCUCCUGUGGCCAGAGAGUAUUUGCAUUUAUAAUCCAGCCUCCUAAGAAAUGAGCUGUGUUGCUCUGUGAGAAUCCUCGGGGCUUUGGAAGCAGUGCCCACUUCCCAAGCGUGUCUGCAAUCACAGCGGAAGGCUCAGAAGUAAUUAAACGAUAACGACAAUCAGUGGUUGGAGAGAGUGACGAAAGCCAAACGGAUGGUUUGUUGAGGAAAGGGGCGCGGGCAGAACCUACAUAUGCUGCAUUCUCUCGACUGGGGGGCCCUUCUUUUAUCCUCUUCUUCUGCCAAUGCGGAAUUGCGGGGCACUUUGGUACUGUGGGAAUGGGAUGCUGUUUCUGCAGUACAACCAACAGCAUAAAUAUUUUACUCAUAGUUCUUUCCAGAGGGGUCUUUUCCCUUCACCAGGGCUCUCUGACAGUCUGUGCACGCUCAGCAAAAAGGUGCAGUAAUUGAUGGUCACCGAGAUGAGGUGGAUGGGGUCAUUUAUUGGUACAGAGACUGCAGCUCUGCUCUGUGCAGCCGUCUGGAAUAGCUCUGAGCCUGGAGGUACAGACAGGUUGCACAUCCCACUCCCAAACACUGUGACAGGGAUAUCAAUGGGCUCGUUAUGUUGGAAGACUGCUAAUUGCUGGUGCUGGACAGACAAGCCCUGAGUGAUAGGGAAUUGAUGGAGGAGAAGCAAAACAAUGAGCAGUAUCCAUGUUCAGAUAGCAACGACUUGUGCACAGCAGGUAUGGAUGCGUUCAGCUUAGCGACAGGAAGAUUUGUGAACCUGAAGCACUCAGCCAAUGAGGAACCAUGGGAGGAAGAAAUCAACAUUGGGUAACAGGGCAUAAAAGAUGUAACACUGCUUUCUGUGUGUGCUGCUGCAUGCGGGACAGCCGACAUUGCAGUGGGACUAAAACCUGCUUUGAUCAGAGAUACCAUCCUGAUACAUUGCUUGGGUAUCACCAACGGGUGCAGGUUCUCAUUUUCAGCUGAUGGCUCAUAGCCAAGCUUGGCUGUGUGGGUAUGGCUGUGUACUGCAAAGGCCCCCCACAGUGAGUGCACCAACCGCCAUUGUGGGCAGAACCAUGGCUGAAUAGGAGGAGAGAACUUAGAAAACCACAGCUGCUCCCCCUCUUCCUGCAGCGCUGUGGAAUAUUUUUGCCUCCCCAGACAGGUCGUGGCACAGCUGCCCCAUGGCAUCGCUGCUUGUAUGGGAACUGCUGAGUCCUGGCCUGACCCACUGACAGAUCACCUGGAGAAAGGACCCGGUCAGCCAUGUGUGAGAGGUAGGUUGUGUUUUUGCAGUGGAAAUUUCCAGUAUUUCUGUAGGUAGUGUAGGUGAAGUUGCUUUUCACAGAGAAUGCUGCUGAACAGAGUAAAGUUGAGACUGGGGCAUUCCCUCCUGGGUAGAAUUGGCAUAGGCACCAGGUAAGGAAACUCUAUAGGGUAGGGGAGAGCCUAGCACAAGACAGAACAAGUGUGUCGAUUGUUGAAAAUAUUGCCUCCUAUCUCCUUAAAAGGUAAAGAAUAUACCCAAAGACAAUGGGUUGCUAACAGACGUUGUAUGGAAACAUAAUGGAGCAACAGCUUCGGACCAUUGUGAGCCUGAGAUGCUCAACCAAUGAGUGCCAGGAGAGGCUUUGCCUGUGUUGGACCCAGGGGAGAAAACGGAGUGGAUUGCACUGAUCAGGAGCGCAAUUUCUGCCUUGGCAGUAGGGGGCGUGCGCCCGUUGUUGCAAUCAUGGACAAACUGCUCUUCACAGAGAUCUCGGCCUGAUUCGAAAUUGUAGACCUGGAGCGUGUUUCUCACAAAGCUGCAAACAUCAGCCCGAGCUCCAAGGUGGGCGAGGAGAGCCCAGGGAGCAAAGGGCUUCACCGUGGUGCUGGGCAUAAAAGACCUAACGCUGCUUUCUGUGUGUGCUGCUGCUUGUAGAACAGCUGACAUUGAAACGGUGAAUAAAGCCCGCUUUGAUCAGAGAUAGUGUCUGGAUCAAUUCCUUGGGUAUAACCAACAGGUGCGGGUUCUCCUUUCCCCCCAUGAUGGCUCAGAGCCAAGCACAGCUGUGUGGGUUGGGCUCUGUACUGCGAAGGACCUCCCACCAACUGUGUGAACCAAACAAAGGGAACUUUGAAAGAUGUAGCAUAACCACAGGACCGUUAUGUCAGCGUGGUUUGGCUUCCCCACACAGAUCCUCUGCCUGCACACACUGCUCAGCUGAAUGAGGGAGAACGACUGAACCAUUCCUCAGAGCACAAAGCAGCACCAGAACCCCCAGCACACCAGAGGAGAAGGAUCCCAACAGGUUCUGACCCCCAGCUCCCAGAAGAGGAUGUGCAGAUAUUGCUGCUGGAGUCCAAUACUUCCACACCCGCUAUGGGAGAAGGAGACCAACAAGAAACAUUUUCAGAGCCCAAAGCAGCACUGCAGCCCCUUGGGCAGAGUGGAGGACAGCAAUGGGGUUCCUGGUGCCAUGUGACAGGAAGGAGGAGAUCCCGUGUGCAGCUCAUUGCUUCAUGUGCAGCACUGGGAACCCUCAGCCUCGUGCUGGUGGUGAUAUCGACCGCAUGUCGGCAGGUCCCUGUGCCACCUUUCCCAGACUUUGCCCACGUGUGCCCCAACGCCUGGGUCGGAUUCCAGGGGAAAUGCUAUUAUUUUUCGAAGGAGGAGAAUGAUUGGAACAGCAGCAGGGAGCACUGCAAUGCCCACGGAGCUUCCCUGGCCACCAUAGGCAGUGCGGAGGAGAUGGAUUUCAUGAUGCGCUUCCAGGGCCCGGCAAUCUGUUGGAUCGGGCUGCACAGGGAAGAAGAGGACACCCAGUGGACGUGGAGCGAUGGCACAGCCUUCACCAACUGGUUUGAGCUGCGAGGUGGAGGCCGAUGUGCGUACCUGAACGGGGACAGGAUCAGCUCAUCCCUGUGCCACCUACACAAGCACUGGGUCUGCAGCAGAGCUGACCACUACGUCCUCUGGAAGCAAAAGGUGCACCCACAAUGAGAGAUCUCAUCACCACCAACCUUGUGCCAGUGCUGCUGUUGUAUUACAGUGUAUUAUCUUGCAGCCCGAUGUCCUUUCUAGUCAAUUACUUUGUUUCUGCUCAGAUCGUUGCUGCCGUGUUGUUUUUGGGCCCAUCUCGCUAUCCUUUUCCCUGUUCCCCUUUUCUGGGGUGGCGAUCCGCGGGUCCCUCUGCCCCGCUACUCACGGAACCGGGCCGAACCAGCCCAUAAACCACUGACAUUGUGGAUGAGGUGCUACGAGAUGAGGCUGAGGAGCUCAGCGGUGGUGAUGGUGAUUGGAGGACAGUUGGAUGGGAUGAUCCUGUAGGUCCUUUCCAGCCCUGUGCCUCUAUGAUUCUGUCAUCAUUCUGAGCCACUCUCUGUCCGGGCCGUAUUGUUUCAGGCACGCU